AUGGCGACGAGCGGCGGCGAAGAGGCGGCGGCGCCGGCAUCGGCGCCAGGGGCCCCGGCGACGGGGGCGGACACAACCCCGGGCUGGGAGGUGGCGGUGCGGCCCCUGCUGUCCGCGUCCUAUUCCGCCUUCGAGAUGAAGGAGUUGCCGCAGCUGGUGGCCUCAGUCAUCGAGAGUGAAUCUGAAAUCCUGCACCACGAGAAGCAGUACGAGCCCUUCUACUCCUCUUUUGUUGCACUUUCCACACACUAUAUUACAACAGUUUGCAGCCUCAUUCCCCGGAACCAGCUUCAAUCGGUAGCAGCGGCUUGUAAAGUCCUGAUCGAGUUUUCUCUCCUGCGUCUGGAGAAUCCAGAUGAGGCUUGUGCUGUGUCCCAGAAACACUUGAUUCUCCUCAUCAAGGGCCUGUGCACUGGCUGUAGCAGACUAGACAGGACUGAAAUUAUCACGUUUACAGCAAUGAUGAAAUCAGCCAAGCUGCCGCAAACGGUGAAGACACUCUCAGAUGUGGAAGAUCAAAAAGAGCUGGCUUCACCAGUAAGCCCAGAGCUGAGGCAGAAGGAGGUACAGAUGAAUUUUUUGAACCAGUUGACGUCAGUUUUCAACCCUAGAACUGUAGCAUCACCACCCGUAGGUCCACAGACUCCGGCUGAAGGAGAAAAUGAUGAGCAGUCAUCCACAGAUCAAGCCUCUGCUAUCAAAACCAAGAAUGUGUUUAUAGCUCAGAAUGUAGCUAGUCUUCAAGAGCUUGGUGGCUCAGAGAAGCUACUGCGAGUGUGUUUGAACCUGCCCUAUUUCCUGCGCUACAUCAAUCGGUUUCAAGAUGCAGUGUUGGCCAAUUCUUUCUUCAUCAUGCCGGCCACAGUAGCAGAUGCCACUGCUGUUCGCAAUGGUUUUCAUUCACUGGUGAUUGAUGUAACCAUGGCAUUGGAUACCCUUUCUCUACCCGUGUUGGAACCUCUCAAUCCUUCUCGUCUGCAAGAUGUGACAGUCCUCAGCCUAAGUUGUCUGUAUGCAGGUGUGAGUGUGGCAACUUGCAUGGCCAUCCUGCAUGUGGGUAGUGCCCAGCAGGUGCGGACGGGGUCCACAAGCUCCAAAGAAGAGGACUAUGAGAGCGACGCGGCUACGAUCGUCCAGAAAUGUCUUGAAAUCUAUGACAUGAUUGGACAAGCGAUCAGCAGUUCCCGGCGGGCUGGUGGAGAGCACUAUCAGAACUUCCAAUUGCUGGGUGCCUGGUGUUUAUUAAACAGCCUUUUCCUCAUAUUGAACCUCAGUCCUACUGCCUUGGCUGAUAAGGGGAAAGAGAAAGACCCCCUGGCUGCACUCCGAGUCAGAGACAUCCUUUCUCGUACAAAAGAGGGAGUGGGCUCUCCUAAACUGGGACCUGGGAAAGGGCACCAAGGAUUUGGGGUGCUGUCAGUGAUAUUGGCAAACCAUGCUGUCAAGCUGUUAAGCUCUCUCUUUCAAGACCUGCAAGUGGAAGCUCUGCACAAGGGCUGGGAGACAGAUGGUCCCCCUGCGGUCCUGAGCAUUAUGGCCCAGAGCACCUCCAUCCAGAGGAUCCAGCGGCUGAUUGACUCUGUCCCACUGACGAACCUGCUGUUGACAUUGCUCUCAACCUCCUACAGAAAGGCCUGUGUCCUACAGCGUCAGAGAAAGGGCUCCAUGAGCAGCGACGCCAGCGCCUCGACCGACUCAAACACCUACUAUGAGGAUGAUUUCAGCAGCACGGAGGAAGACAGCAGCCAAGGUGACAUGUUAUUACAAAUAAUUUGA